AUUGCAAGGUAAAGAAAAUGGAAGUCGUGUUAGCAUGGUAGCUGAGCGAAUCUAACAACUGGAAAAUAAUAAUUGACGUCGAAGGCACAGUGGAAGUCAGUUGGAAUGAACAUUUUUUCCAACUUGAAAACAUUUGGCUUCAGCAACAGUAAUGGAUCCAAUGGUAAACAAUUCCAUGGGUGAUGAUGAUGAUUCAGCUGUAACAGCUGAACAGCAGAGCCAGUCAGAGGGAGGAGAGUUGGGCGUUAGGCCCACUUUGUCGCAGGUUAGAAAGUCCUGGGGCUUCAGGCGGACAACCAUUGCCAAAAGGGAGUUCAUGGAAGAAGUUGGAGAACUAACCCACAGUCCCCCACUUGUUCGAAGAAGCAGAAAUCGAAGAACCAACCAGACAUCUGAGACUGCUGCAGAGAGCCACAACACACAGAAAGCCACUCGAACAGCUAGGAGUGUUUUAGAUGACCUCCAGUGGUCUGCCCCAUCUUCACCUGUGUCAGAGGAUAGCAAGCCAGCCUCAGAGUCUUCUGCAGGGGUUAGCCUUGAUCCCAGUUUAUGGCAGGAUUUUGGGUCUGCCUUCCACACUGCCUUCUCCCUGCUUGGGGGAAACGAGGACCUUCCAUUGACUGUGACAGAUGCAUUGCCAGUCCCUGACAUUUUGGGAGCCAUGGAUGCCACUGAGGAUCCUAAUCCUCAGGCUUUCCAGGAAGCUGGGUUGCCUGAUAAUAUGGAUGACAUGGAGAUAGCACAGCCAGUUGCUCCUGGCAUUGUGGCAGAAGGAGAAAUUAGUGAUAUGGUAGUGAUCUCAAGUCAAGAAGAGGACAGUGAUGAAAUGACUCUGUUGCAGAUUAAGGAGCAGCUAAAGUCCACAGACAGUCAGGCAGGUGCAAGGGCCCGAGGGGGAAAAGGUGGGAGAGGAAGGGCCAGAGGAAGGGGGAGAGGUAGAGGAAGAGGUAGAGGUAGAGGAAAAGGUAAAGGAAAGGGAAGAGGGAGGGGUAGAGCAGUGGAGCUUCAGUCAAUCAUUGCAAUCGAUGAGGACAGUAAUGAUGAUGUCAUCCUAGUUAAUACAGCUGAGCCGCAACAUUUACAUGAGGAGCAAAAAGAAAAUGACACUCAUAGCCCUCCUAAAGAAGUGGUAUCACCUGCCCACAUUGAUACUUUAAGUCCUGCUCAACAGUUAAGCUCAGACCUCAUCAUCAUAGAUAGUGAUUUAAACCAGAGUACUCCUAUAACUCAUGGUCAGUAUGAUGAUGCACCAGAGGAGAUGGAGGAUGGGGAAGGGAAGAAAGAGGUUGCGAAUACAGGACUGUUUCCCAGCAUAUCAGACACUAAAAGAUACAAUUCCAACACUCUGUGCUGCAUCUGUCGCCAGAAACAUAAUAAAAGGUUCAUGAUCAACUGUGACAGCUGCCAGUACUGGUUUCAUGGUGACUGUGUCGGUAUCAGCGAAACACUGAGCCAGAAAAUUGAAAGGAAAGAGUACGUGUGCCCGCCCUGCACUACAAAGAAGCAGAGCCAACUCCAGUUUGAGUCUCAGUCCCAGCUAGACCCAGACCUUAGCUUUCCUGAAUGCUCAACACUAUGUCCUCUUCCUGAAGAAGGGGUGAGACAAGAAGAGCAGCAAGCCCUCAAGGAGACUGUAGUGGUUGAGGAUGAAGGGCAGGCUUUGAUGACAACGACCAAAAGUGAAGCUGAACCUGAACCUGAUCUGGAACACGAACCUGAACCUAAGGCUGAGAUGGAGACAGACGACUCUUUUCCCUUGUGUACUGGGCCUGGCUGCUUCAAACAAGCCCUACCAGAUUCUGUUUACUGUGGCACUGACUGCAUCCUUCAGCAUGCUGCUGUCACUAUGAAGACACUCUCUGGCCCUAAGAUGCCCAAGUCCAAAGGACGGGAACAGAGACAAGCUGCAACAACAGCAAAGGCUCAGAAGGCAAUACGGACAUCUAAGAGAUUGGCAGAAAAAGCUUUGGAGGAUGCUGAUAAAGAAGAGAUGAUGGAGGAUGGCAGAGAGCAGGAGGCAGCUGCACCUUCAGUAGCCUGUGACCCCAGUCUCACAGAUGUUCAGUCCACUUCCAUACCGUCAUCUAACUUACACACCACGUCUGAUGAGGGCAAUGAAACAAUAGAGGUUGACCAUGAGGCCAUGUCUCUUUCAAAACAAUGUCCAGAGGAUUCCUCGACAGAUGCAACUCUCCUUUCCCAGCCUGCAGUUGAGGAAGAAAGUCCAUCUCCAGAAAAAACAAAUAAGCCUGAAAGCAGUGAUGUGCCUAAAGAACAGUGUGCAGGAUCCCGUGCCUCAACACCACCUGUUCCUGUAAAACAUCAUGUUUCUCUAGAUGCACAAUCUCCAACCACCUCAGCUCCUAGGCAUCAUGAAACUGGUGCUCUGAUAGUCACAAAGACCACAUAUGUUAUACCAAAGAAACAGACUGGAUCUCAGCCUCCAUCCAGUCACACAUCAGCCUCAUCGUCAUGCCAGAAGCCGUCUUCAGUGCCUGCACUGCUGAAUGAAACCCGUAAUCUGCCCGUGUCACCAGCACCCAGUGCUCCCUCGUCUAGACCAUCUCAGCCCAACAACCAGGUCAGACAGAGCAUCCAGCGAUCCCUCACAAGCAUCCUGUUUAAAAGGGUGUGUGAUUGUGAAGAUUUGGAGAUGUCCGAGGCUGAAGCUGCUAAGCUUGUCGCUAACAUUGAAAUGGAAAUGUUUGACAUAUUUCGCAACACAGACAGCAAAUACAUGAACAAGUACAGAACAAUAAUGUUCAACCUGAAAGACCCAAGAAACAAGGGUUUGUUGUAUCGAGUUGUGCAUGGAGAAAUUGGCCCUUUCAGACUGGUCAGGAUGAGCCAAAAGGACAUGCAGGCUACCAAGGCACCUGAGCCAAGUCCCAAGGAGACAAAAGAGGUUAAAGAUGGACCUCCAAAUGUAAUAAAUGUGCAGAAGCCUGAAACAAAGAAGGUUGAUUUGCCUAGUUUGAGUUCUGCUAGAGCAGAAAGAAAACCUGAUAGUAUGGAGCAGAAGAAGAGUCUUCCUGCUCCUCCUCUUAAGUCCAGAGCUAGCCAACCAAGCCAGGACAAAGCUGUGCCAGAUAUUCUUUCUUGUAUGCUUAAGGACACAACAUCGGAGCACAAAUCUCAUCUCUUUGAUCUGAAAUGCAAGAUAUGCACAGGCCAGAUACUUGCUGCAGAAGCAGAAGAACCUGUUAGGAAAAAACUCAAGAUAUCUGUAUCAAAAGAUAAGCAUGAACCAUCUUGGAGGAAGUCUGCAGGAGAUGACUCCCCUCUGCGGGCGCCUACUGCCUCACCUGAAACAGAUUCUCCAGUAUCUUCACUAAUGGAUCCUUCAUCCCACUUUUUUAUUGACUCUCCAAAAUUGACCAUUGUCGAAUCACCUGCCUCCCCAGUGAUGGAUUCUCCAGCCUCCCCAACUUUAGAGUCUCCUACUUCACCUGUGAUGGAGUCCCCUGCUUCCCCAACACCAGAGGCCCCUACAGCAAUUGCACCAAAGAGGAGUUAUACACCAGUUGUAAUUCCAGCUGUCUCCACAGUAACCAUCACAAGACGUGACCCCCGUACUGCAGCUAGCAGGUUCACUGCUUCAUCUGGGAGCACCUCCAGUCCCAGUAACAUAAUCCAUAAUCAAGCAGCCCCUUAUGCGCCUAUUAAAGAGACCACUGCCUCCCAGUCGGCACCGCCAUCCUCACUACCACCACCCAAAACACUGCCCAAAUCUAUCUUAAUGAAACCAUCUUCCACUUCUGAUCCCAGACUUUAUGGCACAUCUGCAAGAACUAUGGUUCCUCAAUCCCCUGCUGAUGGUGAUACUUCACAGUUCCUAGCUAAGCAAGACAUACUGUGGAAAGGCUUCCUAAACAUGCUUACUGUUGCUAAGUUUGUCACAAAGGGAUAUCUGGUUUCAGGACCUGCUGAAAAUCUCAAAGCGGAUCUGCCUGAUACCAUACAAAUUGGAGGAAGAAUCCUGCCUGAAACUGUGUGGGACUAUGUUGAGAAACUGAAGACCUCUGUUACAAAGGAGUUAUGCGUGAUCCGGUUUCACCCUGCAACAGAGGAGGAGGAGGUAGCCUAUGUCUCCCUGUUUUCCUAUUUCAGCAGCAGAGGUCGUUUUGGGGUGGUUGCCAACAUCAACCGUUCCAUUAAGGAUGUAUACCUCGUCCCACUCAGCGCUAAGGAAUCAAUUCCAUCCAUACUGCAACCUCUUGAAGGACCAGGGUUUGAAAAAAAAACGACCCAAUCUUCUUCUUGGUCUAGCAAUUGUCCAGAAGGCAAAACGUCCAGGAAGCCUACCACAGGAAAUUGAAGAGAAGAGACCCAAGGUUCACAUGUCUAAAGACCCAAUGUGGAUCCCAAAACCACCAGUCCUCUAUGGUUCUGACAAAUUAGAUGUAUUCCAACCUUAUGAUCCAGAGACUCCUGUUAAUACUUCCCCUCCUGACUCACCAUCUUGCCCUGGAUCACCAUCAGACUCUUCCUCUUCUAGCUCGGCUACCGUACCAUCUCUUUUGACCUCCACUAAAGCAACUCCUUCUGUCUCAACUGUUGCUUCCACAGACUCCAUGUCUAAUAACAAUUCUACUAAUAAUCCAAAACCGGUAUCCAGUAAAAAGACACCAUUACAGACUAUUUUGAAGACUUUGUUUAGAAGUAAUCAGUCUGAGUCCAAGGGCUCCUCUGAUGCAAGUUCAACAAAAUCAGCAGAGAGAGUAAAGAAAACCCCAGUGUUUUCUCAAGUGUCUGGUUCAAUGGUGGAUCCAAUUGUCCAACAGUACGGGCAGAAAUCCAAAGCCAAAGAGAUAAAAGAAGAGGAAGAACAGACUGACUUUGACAGACCUUAUGACCCAGAAGAGGAAUAUAAUCCUGCAAUGACAUGUAAAACAGUUACUGUACAGAACACGCAAAAAAUGGAAACCGAUGACGCUACAUUAUCAGGGGUUGUGGAAGAUGAUGUUGCCUAUGAUCCAGAGGAUGAGACCAUUUUUGAAGAUAUUCAAAGUGGUGUUUCUGAAACAAAGCCCCCAGUUUCAACUCAGAUGCUAGACUGUCCAUCAUGCCCUACGCCAGUUUCCACUUCUACUGCAGCACAAAGUUCUACUGCAGCUACUGUAAUACAAACCCUUCCUACAGGUACUGUAGUUGUCUCAGCUGCAACACUGAAUGAACAGCAGCGGAUGCUUGAGGAACUUAACAAGCAAAUUGAAGAGCAAAAACGACAGUUGAAAGAGCAGGAAGAGGCAUUGCGGCAGCAAAGGGAAGCUGUUGGUAUGUUCAUGGCUCACUUUUCUGUUUCUGAUUCCCUCAUGUCUCCCCCAACAAAAGUGUCAUCACAUAGCCAGCUGUCCUCUCUGCAGGGUAGUAAAAUGCAAAAAGAGUCAAAGUCAGAUCAAACACCUCAAGCCAAAAACCUUACAGAGGCUAAGGACAAUUUGAAUGUGGAUUCAAAAACGGUUAAGCUAGAAAAUACAACAUCUGGCCAUGAUUUAAAAGAAGAUAAAAAUUCUGCUGUAGAGCAAGACAAAAUACAAGAAAAUUUUGAGGAACAUGACAAAUAUUCCUCUACUGGAGAGAUUGGAGAUUCUGAUGUUGCUUAUGAUCCUGAGGAUGAAUCUCUUUUUGAUGAAAUCCAAGAAGAUGUAUUUAAAGGAGGAAGCACAAUUGCUAGUGAUUUGUCAUCUAGAGCAGGGCAUAAGGGUGUGUCUCCAUCCUCAUGUCAAAGCAAAAAGCAAAGGUCUUCACCAAAAAGGCGGAGUCGUCAUGAUAGAGACCACAAUAGAAGUCCUUCAAGAAGGUCACAGCAACGUUCUCGGUCACAUUCUCGUAGACGAAGAGACAGGGAUAGACACAGAAGAACUGAAAGAGACAGGUCAAAGCACAGAACUAGAGAGCCAUCUGAACGACAGGGACACCAUCACAGAGACCAUACUACACACCAGCAUUCUCGUGGGCGCAGAAGAUCUCCUUCAUCCCCUAGGAAAAAACAUUCUGUAUCCCUUUCUCCAAAACAGCACAGGCAACCCUGCCCUCAAGUGAAAAAAGAACAUGCAAGUAUCCCAUGCAAUGUUCCUGAUUCUGUUGUAGGAAAAUUUGUAGAAAGUAAGACAUCGUCAUCUUCCUCAGUUACUAUAAAAAAUGAUCCAGAUGGACAGAAGUUGGAGUGUAGUCUUGUUAUGAGCUCUAAUAAGCACCCACUCAAACUUAUUCAAAAAGUGAAGGCUGAGGUUUCAGAGCAGUCAGUCAGUGACAAUGAAAACUUAGUUAGUUAUUGUUCUACACAGGUAAAUACACCCCCAAUGCAACAGACAUUUUUUCAUGACAAAUGUGAAAACACAAUCCCUCUAAGGGAAAUUGAUCCACCCCUUCGAGAUUCACCUGAGAGUCCUGAUCCAGAGCCACAGUUUUUGAAACCUUCCAGUACAGAAAAUGGUGACUCUAAGACUGAGGAAAUCGGUCUUAGUGCAGAGGAGGGUACCACUUUGUCAGUUAAAGCGGAAAAUCAUAGUCUGCCAAUUAGUGGGCAUGCAGCAAUGUCCCUUAGAGCAGAUCUACAAAGCCCUGAUAUCCAAAGUCAGCGGGGUUUGAUGAAAAUAGAUAACCAGAUAAUGACAGGAAGUUCCAUCUUAAAGUAUCAAGAAACAGUACUUCCGGGGGGAGAACAUUCAAAUCCACCUACAGGCCUAGGUGGUCAACACCCAGGACCUGAGUUUGACACUGCAAAACUUUCAGGACCCGGUAAGAGUUGUCCAGAUAUUAGGAAUUUAAGACCAGAUAUGAAAGAAUCUGGAUAUAGAGGGCUGCAGGUAGACAUAAAAGAAACAGGAAUUAGAUUUCCAGGGCCUGAUUCUUCCGGUCUAGGCAUGCAAGGCAUAAUGCCAAAUAUUUGGGGCUCAGGAGCAGCCAUAAAAGAUCAAGUUAUAGAUGGUCAAGGAAAUCAUGUAAUGGGACGUGGAACAUGCAUGCAGGGUUCAGUGUUCAAUAUAAGAGACCUGGGCAUUCAGCAUCGAAAUCUUAACAGAGACGAGUCACAGUGUGUCAUGACAGGUUCAGAAAUGCAAAGGUCUUCAUUAGAAAGUCCAAGUCCAGAUAUGAGACAAAAGCUUGUACCAUCUGUCUCAAAUUCGCCAGUGGGAGAAUCAGGCAUACAAAGUGAGAAAGGAAAUCUCUUCAUGCAAACACUGUUGUCAAAUAGAGCUUUGCCAGAGGGGAUGCCAGAGUCAAAAGAUACAAGGGUGCAUGCUGAUGAGGGAAACCAGAAUAUUAGUUCUCUGCAGAAAAGUUUACCUUGUUUAAAAGCAAAGGACUUUAGCCUCCACCCAAAGAACUCAGACAAUAGGCCAGAUGCCAUGAAAACUGGGAUACCCUUUGGUGGUCCAAAGUUAGAAGUAAGAAUACCACAUUUUGAAGCUUUGGGAUCUCCAAGGAGAGAUGGAGAUAAAACAGAUUUGAACCCAACUUUUAUGGGCUUUAGAGGAGACCAGAGACAGUCCAGGCAUGAUAGCAGUCCAGCUUUUGAAGAAAGGAGCCUUGGGAAAAGGGGUUUUCAGACACAUGGAAAAGAUGCAGAAUUAAGCAUAAUGGUUGGUGGUCAAAGAAAUGAAACCCAGCUAAACAUCACAAAUCCAGACUGGAGAGGUCCAGGGCCUUUCCAGAGUAGUCAAAAUGAAGGCCUUAGUCCACAUAAAAGGGAUCCAGAUUGUAAUAUUCCAAAAUCAGACAUAGGACAUGAUUGUCAAGGUUCAGAUAAGAGUGGAAUAGAUCCUCACAGAGGAGGACCAUUUAUGAAUAACGAGUGGAACAAGGUGUCUGACAGAAGAGGCAUUGGAGACCUAGAAUAUAGACAACCAGAGAGUAACAUAAUCCAAAGCAUACAAGACCCGAGGCGUGAUAGUAGAGGACUUGGGGUUACAGAUUUAAUGAGACCAGGACCUGAAAGGAGAGAUUCUGAGGUGCAAUUCCCAAGGCAAGAAAGGAGAGGACCAGAUUUAAUGGGACAAGAGCCUGAAAGGCAAGUAUCUCAGAUGGGUGUCCCAGACAGGAAAAAACCAGUGCAUCCAGAUUUCAAUAGACAAGGACCUGAAAGAACUCCUGACAAUGAAUUUCCAGUGCAUGACAGAAUAGGACCAGGGGGCACAGAUUUUAUGCUACAAAGAACCGAAAGAAUAGCUCCAUCUAUGGGACCAGGAUUUGAUAGACAAGGUUUAACUGUAGAGGGUCCUGAGCCUGAAAGAAGAAGACCUGUAGGUCCACCUUUUGGAGGAUCGGGACGUGAGAGAAAAGGUCAAAUGGUGGAAAGUCAUAGAACUGACAUGAUAGAGUCAACAGGCACAAAUUUUUUUAGGGAACCCUGGCCUGAAAGGAGAGGACCAGAUAUGGUUGAUUCAGGGCCUUAUCAGAGAGAUUCUAACAUGGAGAGUUCUGGGACUGACAGGAGAGGACCUGGAGGGCCAGAUUUCAGAAAACCAGAACCUGUAAGAAGAGGGGCUCCUCAAGCCGACAGGAGAGGAUUUGGAAAUCCUAAUUUCAGGGGACUAGGAUCUGAUGGCAGCGACUUGUCCAAAGAUAGUGCUAUGCAUAACAGUAGACAACCAGGUGGCCCAGAUAUUAGAGGAAUAGGACCUGAAAGGAGAGGUCCCAACAUUGAAAAACCUGGAGGACUAGGGCCUGAAGACAGAGCCUUAUCCAUAAAGGGUCCUGAACAUUAUGGCAGAGGACUUGGAGAUCUUGAAUUUGGAGGACCAGGGCAUGAGAGGGGAAAUCCAUCUAUGGAAGGUCCUGAUCCACAUAGGAGAGGACACGAACAUUCUGUUUUCAAAGGAUCAAGGCCUCAAAACAGAUUUAUGCCCAUGAGGGGUCCUGGACAUGAGGAUAUAGGAACUGGAGGCUCAGAUUUCAGUGAGUCAGGGCCUGAUAGUAGAUGUCCUCCUAUGAGUGGUCCAAAGAUUGACAGGAUGUUAUCAGGAUGUCCAGAUUUCAGUAGGCCCGAAUAUGAAAUGGGAGGACCCAGUUUGGACAGCCAAGGUCGUGAGAGAAGAGUAUCAAGAGCGACAGAUUUCUGGGGACCAGGAUCUGAAAGGGGCGCAGCAGGAAGUCAAAACACUGGUGGACAAGGUCCUGAACAGAAAGGACCAUAUAUGGGGGUUGCAGGGUGUAACUUCAUAGGACAAGAGCCAGAAAGAACUGACUCAGGUAUAGAAGGACCAGGGCAACAUACUAUACAGGGAGAACCACAUUCUGGGGUUGAUGGGACAGAUGGUGAAUAUCCAAAUAUUUUGGGGCACAAAAAGAGUGGUCCAGACUUUGGUAGGCCAGGUUCUGAUAUGUCACGUCCACCACUUAACAGGAGAGGGCGAGGAGGUCCACGAAUGGGGAGACCAGGGCCUCAACAUGCAGGUCUAAACAGAGAGAGCCCAAGGCCCAACUGGAGAGGUCCAGAAGGUUCAAACAUCAGGGAAGCAGGGGCAGAUAUAAUACCUCCAAAUAUGGAGGAAAUGGAACACAACAGGAACUUUCCAAGAGGCCCAGGGUUCAGGGAUCCUGAAUCAGGAGGAAUACCUCCACAUAUGGAGGGCCCACGGUGUGAUAUAAGAGAGCCACACUUCAGAGGAUUGGGGCCUGACAGAAGUAUGGGAGGCCCGUGGUCCAUUGGAAAAGGUCCAGAAGGUUUUAGAGCACAAUGUAAUGAAAGUACAGAUUCAGACAUGAAGGGCGCACCUUUUAACAGACAAAGACCAGGAGACCCAAGCCUAAAAAACCCUGGGCCUAGAAGGCAGUGUCCAAAUAUGGAGCAUCCAGAGCCUGACUGGAGAGGAUCUGGUGGUCCGGAUUGUAGCGGUCCAGGCAUAAGGCAGCAAGGGAGAAAUGUGGAGGGUCUAAAACAGGAAAGACAAAAUGACUGGAGAAAGUCAGAACCUAUUCAAAACAGCCCAGAUAUAGAGGUUCCAGGAUCUGAGAGAGGACGGAGAAAUUUUAGGGCUCUAAGGCCUAUGAGAAGAAACAGAGGACCAGGGCCACAUGUCUGGGGUUCUGCACCUGCUGGUAGUGGCACAGGCUUUGAGGAGCAAUGGUCAGAUACAAGAGGGUCAAAUAUUGAUGCUUCAGGGAAUGAAACAGGAUGCUCAGGAGAUAAUUGGGUUGAAUGUGAUAAUUGGAGUUCGGGGCCUAUGCAAGAUAGUUCUGAUGAACACAGUCAAACACAUAGUGGGCCUUAUGAUGAAUGGGCAGACUCUGGAAGUGGCGGGCCAGGGCUCAUACAUGAUGGACAAAAUAUGCAGUUCCCAGGCUCUAGAAGGGGUCGUGGAGAUGAUUGGAAUGGUCCUCGUAGUAGAGGUUUAGGGCCUGUUCAGGAGAAUUUAGAUCUGAUUGGUCAUGGCCCUAGUAUGGAAGAACAAGGAAAUGAAUGGGUGGAGCCUGAUAGAGGAGGCGCUGGACCAUUUUUCAAAGAGGAAAGGUAUCCAGACAAUAGAGGACGCGGCUGUUAUAGAGGCCGAGUUAGAGGACGAGGAUCAAGUAUGCAAAGGCAUUCUGACACAAAUAAUGACUGGAGUCAGCAAGACUUCAAAGGGAAUAUGAGAGGCACUAACAUAGAUGAUUAUGGGGCUCAUAGGAAAGGUCCAGAUUUGAAAAAUCUUUGCUCAGACAAGAGAGAAUUUGAGAGGGAGGGAUUUGAGAGAAGAGGCCCAGGUGGUCCAGAUUCAAGGCACCGAAGACCUGUGUCUGAUGGGAGUUCAGAUUAUAGGGAGCUAGGAUUUGAAAGGCAUGAUGCAAAUAUUGAGGAUUCUGGACCAGGCAGACAAGGAUUUAGGCAUGUUUUUAGAGGGGAUAGAAGAGGUCCUAAAAUGAGAGGGCCUAACAAAGCAGAAAUGUGGAUGACAUCACCCCAGAGUUCAGAUUUCAGUCACAGAACUGGAAGGCGGGAUACAAACCUGGAGUUCCCCGAGUCUGAUGGAACAGGUCCAGACACGAGGGAUGGGGAGCAGGAGCCGAUAGAACAAACAACCUGUAGUGGAAGAAGAGGUCCUCCUCAGGCUGCUGGAAUUCAGGACUCUUAUGAUUCACAUUCAACGCCAUUCAAUAGACCAUGCGGUCCAGGUCCAAACAGGGGAGGAAAAGCAUUCCCUGUUUUUGAUAGGCCACAAAAUCAGCAGGCUGUUCCACCCCCAAGACGCAGAGGUGGCUUACUUCCCACUCCAGCAACAGGUCUUCUACCUUUCCCAAAUCACAUGAUCAAAAAUCAUGAUGCAGGUUACCCAGCAAAUGCAGACCCAAGUAGAGGCAGAGCAAUGGGCAUCCGCAGAGGGCGCACACGAGGGCGAGGCCGGGGAAAUCCAGCUGGUAAUGUAAAUGCAUUCGCUGGAGAAGACAGAAAUUAAGGGCGCAAUGUAAAUUAACAACAGGACCUUUAAUAGUGCCCGUGUAGAAAUUCAAACCAGUCACAGUGUGUACUGCAGUAAAUAUAAAAGCUGUGCUCAGUUGGAAAAAAAA